UUUAUGUACUCAAAAGCCUAAAGGCGCAGCCAGGACCAAGACUGCCGCAAGAUGAUAAGUAAAAAUCUAAUGGCAAACUUAAGCAGAUCAAAGAAUGUUGCAGGUGGACGAUCGAAGCCGAAUGAAGGAUGCAGAAGACACCCAAAGCACAGGCAGUCGCCAGGGGUUUGUUCACUUUGUUUGGGAGAGAAACUAUCUCAAUUAUCAGCUCAUACUAGCUCACGUAGUAUUACUACUACAGCUUCCUCUUCUUCUUCUUCUUCUUUGUCAUCUUACUAUUCUUCAUCUUCAGCUAGUUCUUGUUCCUCUCCCAUGCAUCGUUAUCGUUUUACUACAGAAGGAAAGGGUACUUCCUUGACUUUGUUAUUGUUUAGCGGCAAAAAUAUACUCACUAAGAGCAGAUCAGUAGCUUUUGCUUCGAGAAUGAGAAGGAAAGAAGGUGAUGAUAAGAAGAAGAAAAAUGGGUUCUUGUCAAAAUUGCUUCAUCCAAGAAGCAGUAAGAGGAUGGAGGAAGCUGCUGGUUUGAUGCACUCUCGGACUAUGAGAGAGAUGCUGACCAGCAGGGUUCAUUAAUGGUGGUUUUUUUCUUUUUUGUUGAUUCUCGUUUGUUUCAUUAAUUCUUUAUCACGCAUCAUCUUCCUUGAUAGAUUAGAAUUCAGCUAGCUGUUACUAAUUGGUAAACACAAAAAAAAAUUGAAUGAAUGAAAAAGAAUAUUAAGCAGAGUUACAUAUUAAAUGCAUGUACUGUGCAUAUACAUCUUCGUAUUUUGAUUGAUCUAAGAAGAGGGUUCCAUGUUUCUGUCUGUACCUACUGAUAAAUUAUGUAUUGUACUUUCAGAGGCAUUAGUACGAUAUUAUUUAUUCCUA